GGUGGCCGACCGGCCUCCGGCGCUGGUCCAUAGCGGGCGCCGCGGCCUGAGGCUGGGAUGUGACCGGCAGUGGGCUCCCGGCUCCGGGUGGUGACGGCUGUGAGCAGCGGCGACUGCGGCGAGGGCGGCGCAGGCGGGCGGACGAAACCAGGACGCCUAGAGCUGCCGGCCGACAGGGCCGCGGGAUGAGGAAGCGGACCGAGCCCGUCACCUUGGAGCAUGAGCGCUGCGCCGCCACAGGCUCGUCCUCCUCCGGCUCGGCCGCCGCGGCGCUGGACGCCGACUGCAGCUUGAAGCAGAACCUGCGUCUGGCGGGCAAGGGGACGGCAGAGCCGUGCAGCGCAUCCGACGCGGGCAUGAAGCGGGCGCUGGGCAGACGAAAGAGCCUGUGGUUCCGACUAAGGAAGAUACUUCUCUGUGUUCUGGGGUUCUACAUUGCCAUUCCAUUUCUUGUCAAACUGUGUCCUGGGAUACAGGCCAAACUGAUAUUCUUAAAUUUUGUGAGGGUUCCCUAUUUCAUUGACUUAAAAAAACCACAGGAUCAAGGUUUGAAUCACACCUGCAAUUACUACCUCCAGCCAGAGGCUGAUGUGACUAUUGGAGUCUGGCACACCAUCCCCUCUGUCUGGUGGAAGAAUGCCCAAGGGAAGGACCAGAUGUGGUAUGAAGAUGCCCUGGCUUCUAACCACGCCAUCAUACUAUACUUGCAUGGGAAUGCAGGCACCAGAGGAGGCGACCACCGUGUGGAGCUGUACAAGGUGCUGAGUUCCCAGGGUUACCACGUGGUCACCUUCGACUACAGAGGUUGGGGUGACUCAGUAGGAACACCAUCGGAGCGAGGCAUGACAUAUGACGCACUCCAUGUUUUUGACUGGAUCAAAGCAAGAAGUGGUGAUAAUCCUGUGUAUAUUUGGGGCCAUUCGCUGGGCACUGGAGUGGCAACAAAUCUGGUACGGCGUCUCUGUGAGCGAGAGACGCCACCAGAUGCCCUUAUAUUGGAGUCUCCAUUCACAAAUAUUCGUGAAGAAGCAAAGAGUCAUCCAUUUUCAGUGAUAUACCGAUACUUCCCUGGCUUUGACUGGUUCUUCCUCGACCCCAUUACAAGCAGUGGAAUUAAAUUUGCAAAUGACGAAAAUGUGAAGCACAUCUCCUGUCCUCUGCUUAUCUUGCACGCUGAGGAUGACCCAGUUGUACCCUUUCAUCUCGGCAGAAAGCUAUACAACAUUGCUGCACCAUCUCGAAGUUUCCGAGACUUCAAAGUCCAGUUCAUUCCCUUUCACUCAGACCUUGGCUACAGACAUAAGUACAUCUACAAGAGCCCAGAGCUUCCACGGAUACUGAGGGAAUUCCUAGGGAAGUCGGAACCGGAGCGCCAGCACUGAGACUGGCCCGUGAGGAGCAUGAAGAACCACCUUCCUUCCCUUCUCCCCUGGACAGCAGUCUGGCACCCAGAAGCCCAGAGUGCCACCACCUGUGGUGCUCAGGAGCCCAGUGCAUACCUAGAAAGAGGACUCAGACACAGCGGGCAGAGGCUCCACAGAUGGCUGUGAGGAAAACCCAGUGGCAGGCAGGUGGCCCCCUGACCCUCUGGUGGCCACUGAGCUUUUUUGGGGAAGGCUUAUAGCCAAUAGGUGGACCCCAUACGAUGGGCACAGGAGCCUGGGAAGGGCUCAGGAGCACUCCAGGCUCUCUGGCACCACCACUUAAGAUACAGGAAAAUGGUUCUUUCUGCCCUUCCUGGCAGACACAGAAGAGACUCCAAGUGGUUCAGUUUGUCCCCUCCAGCUCAUGUACCUGCUUGCCUUCCUCAGCUGUCCCUGCCUCUCCUGGCAUCUGUUCACUCACAGUAAGGGACACCUGGAUCUGCACUUCCAUUCUGCCCACCCGUCUGUCACCUAACCUGGCCGUAGACUGAGCAAUUAUUUAAGAAUAAAAUCUCAGUGGUGGUCUGUC